AUGUCUGGAGCAACAUCAUCAGUCUAUCGUCACAUCAUCGACGAUGUAAUUAGAUGUAUUCGUGUAGAGUUUUUAAAUGAGGGUUUGGAUGAUUCGAUUAUCAUGGAACUUCAAAAUAUGUGGGAGACUAGAUUAAAUCAAGCAGAACCACAACAAGCACCUCCUCAACCACAAGAUGCCAUUUCCACUACUGCUACGACAACAUCCACUUCUUCAACCAAUCAUAUCCAAAGUGCUCCUGAACAAGUAAGACAAAGUUUAAAUUCACUCAGACAAAUUAAUUCAUCUCCACAAUCAUUUGGAAAACCACAACAAUUUAUGCCCAAGAAUGAUAUAGUUGCCACUACAUUGGCUGGUUUGAGUAAUAAUGGAAAUACUUCUACUACAUCAACAACAUCAUCAACAACAACGACCACUUCUGCUUCUUCCUCUACUGGAACAACCUCUCCAAAUCAACAACAACAACAACAACUUCCCUCUGCUCAUUCUUUGAGAUCAAUUAUGAAUAUUCCACAAAAUGAUGGUUCAUUUGAAUCGAAAGAAGAAAUGGAUCAAUAUAUAAUCGAUAAACUUUCCAAAAACCAAAAUCAAUCAUGUAGUUUUAGUAUCACAAUUCCUCAAUUAGAUGGUAAUGGAGGAGAUGAAGUUGGUGAAGAAGAUAUGGAGGAACAUAGACCAGAUGCAUCAGUUGAUCCACAAGAUUCAUUAAAUAGUGAUUUAGAUGACGAUGAAGAGGAUGAUCAAGGUCAAGAAAUUGAACAUUUUGUAUUGUGUCAGUACGAAAAGGUUUCUAGAAUCAAAAACAAGAGAAAAUGUGUUUUAAAGGAUGGUGUUAUGCAUUUAAAUGGAAGAGACUAUCUCUUUAACAAAGCAAAUGGUGAAUUAGUUUGGAAAUAA